AUGCCUGCCUUCAAGGGCCGCCCCCCAAACCUCCGCCUCGAGACCGUCGUCCGCCCCGGUCCCGCCAACACCAUCAUCGAGACAGAGACUCCCGUCGACCAGGGCGCCGACGAUGAUCUUCUCUCCCUCUCCUCUCCCUCCGACACCGACACCGACUCCCCGCGCGAGUACGGCGACGCCAUAGACCACGACUCCGACCACACCCCCGACGACAUCUCCAAAGACCUCGCCCUGCUUGAGAAGCUUCGUCGCAGCGUGCAGAAGAAUCUCAAGCUCCGCCCCAUCCGCUCCUCCAGCUCCUCACUCCGCGCCCAGGCCGCUUCUCCCUAUGCUGCAACGUGGGCAGAGGCGCGUGGCACCCACUCGCCCAGCCCGACCUCGAGCGCGAGCCCCGCCAGUGUGUACUUCACUCCUACCUCUGCACUCUAUAGCGCAAGUGUAGAGGUCGAUGACUGGAAGUCUUCCUCCUCUUCCUCCUCUUCCGCCGGCGGCAUAGAACCCGCCCUUCUUCUCGCCCGCAUCUCAUCCCCUACCCACCCUAUUCUCAUCGACACCAGACCGCCCGUCGUCUUCCUCGCUGGCCAUCUACAGUACAGCGUCAACAUUCACACCAUUCCUUCCCUUAUCCUCAAGCGUUCCAAGAAGCCGAAUGGCGGCCCGCAGGACAUCUCCGCCCUUCGUCAGUGGAUCACCACCGAUGCUGGGAAGCGGGAAUGGGACGACAUGAUGCACGGCGGGGACUGGGAUGGCGACAUGAUCGUCUAUGACGACCUAAUGGACGAUCGGGAGAGGACGAGUCCCAAGGCAACUGCCUGGAUCCUCCUCAACCUCGUCGAGCCUCUCCUUGACCAUGGCACCAUCGACUACCUCAGCGGCGGUUUUGCCGCCGCCCAGCGUCAUCCGUACCUCCGACAGUGUAUCAGCCACGACGUAGCAGCGAAAACCCCUGAUCGACUUCCAACGAAACCUCAGAAGGCAAACAACAAGCUUGGGGGUCUCUUCCAUCUCGAUAUUUCUGUCGUCCCUCGCCCGCGUGACCUCCCAGAAAUCGAGCGGUCUGCUGUCUCUGCACAUCCCAUGAUGCCCGCCACCCUGAGCGCGAUGCCAUGGCGGGAUCCCGACGCAGACCCAGCGGCGCCCUCACACGCCCCCUCCCAGCUUGGGUUCUCCCGUCCUCCUCCCCCACGCCGACCGAGUGUACCCACACUACGGAAGCUAGACACCACUUCGACAGAACGACUCAACUCCAGCCUGCCUAAGCUACAAGUUCCCACCCGUUCUGCCACCCUCGCCGCCCCACCCUCCGGCCUCCGUUCCCGCUCCCGCUCACCAUCCCACCUUCACUGGUUACCUCCACCAUCACCAUCAUGGGGUCAGCCGAGCACGCCCCGUGGGGGUGGAUUCCACUCGCCAACGACACCAGUCUCCCGCUCUCCCUCCACCGCCCGCCCUGAUUCCUCACAACCGCCGACCACCGAAGAACCGUUCCCCGUGUUCACCGUGUCCACCAUCCUUCCGAAUUUCCUCUUCUUAGGCCCUGAGCUUACGACGGAGGAGCAUGUGGAGGAGCUGCAGGCAUUAGGCGUCAAGCGCAUUCUCAACCUAGCCAUCGAGUGCGACGACGACCAAGGUCUCAACCUGCGCCAGCGGUUCGAGCGCUACAUCCGCAUUCCCAUGCGUGACACGGUCGAGGAGGAUAACAUCACCCGAGGUGUCCGCGAAGUGUGUGAAGUGCUCGACGACGCGCGGCUGCACUCCUCACCCGCGUACGUCCACUGUAAGGCGGGCAAGUCGCGCUCGGUGACAGCAGUAAUGGCAUACCUCAUCCACGCCAACCACUGGACGCUCUCGCGCGCAUACGCCUUCGUGCUCGAGCGCCGCAAGGGCAUCUCGCCCAACAUUGGCUUCGUCUCUGAGCUCAUGACCUUCGAGGAGCUGGAGCUCGGCGGCAAGUCCGUCGGCGUCGUCAAAAGCGGCGAAGGAGAAGGAGGCGGCGAUGCAACUACCAGGCCGCGCUCGGCGGCCGUCGUCCCGCAGCACAUCCGCGAGAGUCUCCCGCCGCUGUUCUCGCUCCCGUACUCGUUCUCCGGCGUGUCCGGACCCCCAUAUAUGGACGCGACGCAGAUCGGCGACUCGGGGCAGGAGAUGGAGAUCAAGGACGCGACCGGUCGCUACCGUCACGCGCGGCGGGCGCCCGUGAACGAGGCGACGCUGCAGCCAAUGCGCCGUGUGAGCAAGGCAGGGCUCGAGAGCGCGUCGUAUGUCUGA